UUUUUUUUUUGCCUUGUGUGAUACCUACACCUGCCGUGUGUUCCCGCCCCGCUACAUCCUCCCGGAAUAUUGGACCAAUACAACCUGGACCCUGGAACGUGCCUGCCCGCUUGGAUUUAAGUCGAGCCAUUGGAAUCUCCCUGGAUGAGCGAUCCGCCCUCAAAUGCCUGGAUUGGACUGGAUUGUAAUGAAGAAAGAAAAAAAAGGUUGGCCGGACCUGCCAUCUGUGACCGGCCCGGUCAAGGAAACAGUAAACACACCCAUGUGCCUCCCGCCCAUUUGGAAAGCCUGGAAUUGGAACCUCCCCCUCAUUGGAUUGGAUGGCCACUGGAAGUCGCUGCCCCUGGACGUCGCUACCCUUGGACUGCCGGAUCAGGAUCUGCUGGAGGACGACGAGGACUUUGCGAUGCGGGAAGGUUACAUAACGGCCACAGAGCGAGGCGCUUGGUGUUGUGGUGUUGUUGGACUUGUGCUUGGGGCUUUAUCCGGGGUUCUGUCUUCUUUUUAUCCCUUUUUUCUACUCUUUUUCUAUUGACCGUUGUUUUCGUUCCUUUCUGUUUGGACUGUACCACUUGGAGGGUUUAUGGAGCGGGAGUUUUGUUUUUACCACCUUUUUCCUGUUUUUGUUUUUACUUUCUGUUGUUCUCGUUGGGGGUUUACUUUCUUAUCUUUUGGAUUCGUGCAUUCGUGGGGGAGCUAAUUCAGUGUGAUAUGACCGGCGGCGGGUUUCAAAGAGGAAUAAUUGAAGUGGAAUGGGGUCGGGAUUGGAUUGGAGUGUUUCUCAUUUCGCUUGACUUACGAAUGUCUACUGAAGUACUACUCUUACCGCCGGUGGUUUCCUUCAGCUGUUGGUUCUGGUGCUUGUUCUACCGAUGGACUCGCAUGGUUCUGCUUGCUCUCUCUCUCUGCUCUCUCUGCUCUUUCUAGUCUACUCUACUCUACUCUGAUCUUUACCAGUAUGAUACCUACUACCUACGGAUCAUGCAAUGACAU